AUGCAGUUUGAUCACUUGAGAAGACAUAGACAAUGGAUAAGUCUGCGACAGUUCCAUUUGACGCAGUUUGAAGAUAGUGGCUUGGCCAACAAACCCACUGGACUGUUUGGAAUCGACAUGUUGGACUGCCCGGCAGGCUGGCAGACGCUGUACAAUCAAUGUCUGAGUCGAUGUGAGGAGAACUUGGCACUGCUGCUGGAGCGGCCCGUCACCCAACACGACAGCAUCACUCAGAUCAUCAGGAGACUGCAUCUUCUCGAUGGUAUAUCCAUUGAGAUCUGUAGUCUGAUGGAUCCGGCCGAGCUGUGUCGAUCAGUCAUGGGUGGCACACCUCAUGCCCACUCUGCCGAUCAAUACUACGACCUGAUGGCGCACUAUGUACAUAAACUGAAUGCCAACCCAGACAUAUACAACACUCUCAGAGCCAUAUACCAGCAUAGAGAAUUUGCCAACCUCCCACCAACACAUAGGGAGUUCGUACUGGAGAUGAUGAAGGAGUCAGAGAUCAAUGGUAUACAUUUGUCCGAACAGCAGAGGAAGCAGGUGAUCGAACACAAACAAGCGAUAUCAAUGGAGGGCGCAUAUUUUAUGAGGGCAUCCAAUCAACCGGCACCAGUCUCCUCAUUCACAGUUCCCAAGCAAGCAUUGGCCAACCUGCCUCAAGAUUAUGCCGGCUCUGUGCGUGUCCAAGGUGAGCAGGCACAGUUGCCAACCUCUCAAUUCAUGGCAGAGGGCGUACUGCGCCAUGUUGAGGAUCCAAUGAUCCGAAAGAGGAUGUACAUCAGCACAAGAAACACACCGACAAAUGACGUUAGCCAACACCUACAGAACAUGAUAGUGACGAGAGAUAGGAUGGCAAAGAUACUUGGAUAUAAUACCUAUUCCGAAUAUGCACUGUCCACAAAGUUGAUUGAGUCUCCAGAGAAGGCCCUUGCAUUUUUGAACCAUCUUUCAAACGAGUAUAGAGAACAAACUGAUCAAGAACUCAAUCUUCUAUACAGUCUUAAGUGCAAAACUGAGCUCACUGGCGAUCCAAUCUUCCAAUGGGACUUUGAUUACUAUGCCAACAUUAUCAAGACCAAUGCGAUCGAUUCACUCAAGGCACCCAGCUCAUCAGAACUCUCUGAGUACUUCAUGUUGGACAACGUGCUGGAAGGACUCAGUCGCAUCGUUCAUCAAAUGUUUGGUCUAAAGCUGAAACAGGUCCCAAUGAAUCCUGGAGAAUCAUGGCACCCUGAUGUUGUAAAGACAGCGCUACUUAGUAGACACGAGGGCAUUGUUGGAUAUAUUUAUAUGGACUUGUGGAAUCGUGCAAACAAGCAGUCGAUAGGCGUCAACUAUGUCUUGGAAUUGGGAUACCGAGAUAAGAACUAUAAUAUCGUCACGACCGACUUGCCCAACAUGAACGACUAUCGCACGCCAAAGGUGGCUUUGGUGUGCUCAUUCCACUCCAAACAUGCCGGCGAUCAGAUGAGAUCACUACUCGAUCACUCUGAACUCGAGGUAUUGUUCCACGAGUUUGGUCACAGUCUCCACACAGUACUCUCAAGAGGUGACUUCCAACAUCUAUGUGGCACACGUGGGCCCGUUGACUUUGUAGAGAUACCCAGCACACUGAUGGAGAACUUCACAUGGGACCCCAAGAUACUGCGGCAGUUUGCGCAUCAUCACUCAAGCGGCAGAGUGCUCUCUGAGCAAAUGAUCAACUCAUACAAAGAGGCCAACACCAACAUGUUCAAAGGAGUCGAGACACAGAAACAGAUAUCAAUGGCAAUGUUGGACUUGAUAUUGCAUGGAAAGCAUCCAGUAACAAAGUCACCACAACAGAUAAUGUCAGAGUUGCACCAGAACAAUCUGAAGAUUGCUGGUGAUAUUGGCAACAGGUUCUUGGCAGGCUUCUCUCAUCUCUACUUCUAUGGAUCAAGUUACUAUUGUUAUCUGUUGUCCAAGUAUUACGCCGAUAAGAUAUGGAAGAACUUCUUUGUCAAUGGAUACAAGGUCAACAGAGAGCGAGGCGAGAUAUACCGACGCAAGUUCCUCCAGAAGGGUGCUUCACUGAAGCCUCAAUCAAUCAUCAACAACUUCACUCGUGGUGCUGCAUCAUCACCGCCAUCAUCAUCAUCAUCUUCAACCUCAUUAUGA